AUGAGUCGCACUACCUUGUGUUUGAAAAAAGCGCUUAAAGAACAUUGUUACGUGAGACGCAGAAAAUCCUGGGUAGGCGAAGACCUAGAUCCACCAACGAAAGAAUUGUUCCGACUUUGCAUCUACAACGAAUUACUGUUUUCGCAUGUCACAAUAACUGUACAAACAGAAGUUUAUAAAUCUACCUGUAAUCUAUGUGAGAAUUCUUCACACAUUAUGAGUAUAGGAAACUGUACUAUGAAAACCGUUCCAAAAAAACUUUUUCUGUGUCAGCAGUGCAAUAAAACACUGUGCUCGAGUUGUGAGGCAAGUUUUUGUAUUCCGAAAUUAGUUGAAUUUCUGGAAGAUGUCCGUGAGGCUGAAAAAUCUCCGGAUAUGUUGAAAAAGCUUUGUACUCUUGUUGCACUAAAUUCUUCCGAUCACGAUGCCGCUAGAGCAUUAGUAAACAUUCAUUAA